AUGGACGUGCUUGAGACCAACGAAGCCUUUGAAGACGUCGGCGGACAGUAUGAAUUCACAGGCACUCUCGUAGUCUAUCGAGAUGGUGAAGAUACAUACCAUGGCCUGUCAAAAGCUCGUUAUUCAUCACCAUUAGAGUUUAGGAGAGAGCAUCUUUCUCGCAAGAUACUAAUCCCUGUCUCUGCCUAUAUGCCUCCCUUUCCCACCAAUUUUGUGAGGGCUCCUGAUCGUCUACCGUGCAAUAUAUUUGCCAAGCGGCCUCAGUUAAUCUCCUACGAUCGAUAUCAUCAGAGCCUUCGACCAAACUGCAUUGCAGAUAAUGUGCUCAGGGAGGCAGAAAUUUGCGAGCUUCUUCGACAAAAUCCACAUCCUAAUAUCGCCGAAUACAUUGGUUGCCAAGUUGCCGAUGGCAAAAUUAUGAGUGUAUGCUUUGCAAAGUACGACCAAACUCUAAUGCAGGCGGUCAACCCUCAAAACUAUGGGAAAAGGAUGUUUCGAGCAAACCGACAGGGCUUGGAAAGCUAUCUCCAUAUCUUAGAAGGAGUCGGUGAUGGAAUUCGACAUCUUCAUAAACUAGGAAUUGUCCACAACGACAUCAAUCCGAGCAACAUUAUGCUCAAAGACAAUGUACCAAUCAUUAUUGACUUUGGAUCGUGUCAGAAAGAGGGGGGAAGUUUGGAAGGCAUUGGUCGCACUUAUGAACGGUUCGAUGAGGCGGUUCAAUCAUCUCUUCCUAAGAAUGACUUUGAUGCAUUGGAAGAAAUUCGGAUAUGGUUGGCCGACGAUUCGAAGGCUUUUCAAUUUGAUGAAUAG